AUGUGCGGCAUUCACGUCGCGGUUUCUGCAACGGCGCACGAGGUGUCCCCCGAGCUGCACUGUCGUCUCUGCAAUCGAGGACCUGAUUAUCUCGGUCGAGCUGAGCGGCAUGUGCGCCGCGGCUCUUUGUCUUUGCAUUUCACCUCGACGGUUCUUGCCCUGCGCGGCGACCAUGUUGCACAGCAACCACUCGUUAACCCGCGCACCGGCUCGGUUCUCUGCUGGAACGGCGAGGCCUGGCGCAUCGAUGGCCUUGGCGUCGACGGAAAUGACGGCGAGGCCAUCCUUACCUGGCUCAUGAAAGCAAGUGCUUCGCCACCCGCUGUCGCUGCUACCCCCGGCAGCGAGAGGGAAGCUGCCAUCCUUAACGUCUUCCGUGCCGUCGAGGGCCCGUUUUCUUUUGUCUACUUUGACGCACCAACGGAAACGCUCUUCUUUGGGCGCGAUCGACUCGGCCGCCGGUCGCUCAUGAUUGACAGCAAUGAUGCCUCGGGCAAGCUGACGCUUUCCAGCAUCGCUGAAGCCUGCGAUCCCAGCUGGAAAGAGGUCGAGGCGGAUGGCAUCUACGUGCUCAGAUACGCCUCUUCGCCAGCCACAACGCUUCCGGCGAGACAUCAAUGGAUUGCUGGGCAUGAGCACGCCGACUUCGUUUCUAGCAUUGGGAGGUUCAACAAGUCUCUGCCAUCGACUGCUUUUGUCUUGACAACAAGUUCGCCUUCUGUGGCGAUGCUGAAGCAUCAACUGCUUGACUCACUCCGGCCCAGGGUUCUCGAAAUUCCACAGCCCCCGGCCUCCGAUGUGACGCCUUCCAAGGCGCGCAUUGCAGUACUGUUCUCUGGAGGACUGGACUGCACAAUGCUUGCCAGAUUGACCCACGAUCUGCUCGAACGAGACCAGGAAAUUGACCUCAUCAAUGUCGCAUUCGAGAAUCCCCGCGUGGUUGCCCAACUGCGAAAGGAUUCCAAAGGCGGCGAGCUGCUGACCGACUUUUUUGAGAUCUGCCCUGACAGGAUCACAGGGCGAAAGUCUUUUGCAGAGCUGCAAGCAGUCUGUCCUGGGCGAGUCUUCCGAUUUGUGGCAGUCAACGUUCUCUACUCGGAAACUCUGGCACAUCGAUCUCAAGUGGUAUCUUUGAUGUAUCCUCACAACACGGAAAUGGACCUUUCCAUUGCGUUUGCUCUUUACUUUGCUGCCCGGGGCCGAGGACUUUGCUACGAGAGCUCGAGUUCGGUCUCGCAACCAACACCUUAUACCUGUUCGGCUCGUGUCUUGCUCUCCGGUCUUGGAGCGGACGAGCUAUUCGGCGGGUACGGUCGCCACAUGGUCGCCUUCUCAAAGCAAGGCUACGCAGGGCUUGCCGACGAGCUCUUGCUCGACGUCAGCCGGCUUGGCAAGCGGAAUCUUGGGAGAGAUGAUCGAGUAAUGACGCACUGGAGUAAAGAGGUGAGAUUUCCCUUCCUUGACGAGCGCCUGGUUAAGUGGGCCGUCGAGACGCCGUCAUGGGAAAAGUGUGACUUCGAGAAUGGAGAGGGCUUUACGGGCGUUGAGGCAGGCAAGAGAGUGCUGCGCCUUCUCGCUCUAGAAUUGGGCAUGGAGAAUGUGGCCAGGGAGAAGAAACGAGCAAUACAAUUCGGCUCCAGGACAGCCAAGAUGGAGAAUGGCCGCGUCAAGGGAACAACAGCGAUCGUCUGA